UUUUCUGCCUGCUCCAGUCGCCGACUGCCCAUCUCUAAUCGUCCUCCAGCUGCCAUUCAAAAGGCGGCCGAUCUACUCGUAGUCCUGCUCCUAUCUCUACUGCUUGCUGCGCACUAAGCAGAGAACAAAAAUGGCCGCCGCAACCUCCAUGGCAGCAGCUCUCGCUGCAAGCCUGCCUGCACCCUCGAGCGCACCUGCCCCAGCAGCCCCUACCUAUGAAGCCAUCCCGGCGUCCAUGUCGAAGGUGAUCGACCUUGAGGGCGAGAUCCCCUUGAAUUCAGUGCAGCUGGAUGGUUUGGUCGUGUCGAAGAUCAUAAAGCACUCGCGAGAUGCGCAAGGAUCCACCACACAUGGCCUCGUACUUGGAAUUGAUCUCGACGGGACACUGGAAGUGUCGAACUCCUUUCCUAUGCCAAACCACUCGCCCGACGAUGACGAUAAGUCGGCCAAGGGCAUUACUCGGUACCAGGCAUCGAUGCUGCGUUCUUUGAAAGACGUUCAGGCAGAUGAUAGCAUAGUUGGCUUCUACCAGGCCAUGACGCUGGGGUCGUUCUUCAACCAGACACUGAUCGAAACGCAAGCAAUCCACCAAGAAAAACUCCGACACGGAGGUGUCGUGAUUGUACAUGACAUGUCACAGACCGCACGAGGGAACGCAUCUUUCCGGGCGUUUCGCCUUACGAGAGCGUUCUUGGACGCAUUGAAGAGGAACAACUUUAGCGCCACGAGCUUGAUUGACCACCGGUUGACGUUCUCGUCCAUUCUGGAGGAACUCCCUGUCAAGAUUCGGACGAACGCACUCCUGAGCUCAUUCCUGGGGACACUGACUGAGCCAUCGGCGCCCUCUGUGGCCGGCGGACACCCGUCAGCUGCAAGUUCAUCCGCAGCAUUGCCCCCGUCGUUCUCGACACUGAAUCUCGGGACUGCGAGUGUGGCGCGGAACCUCGAGCACAUCAUCGAAGCGGUGGACGCGUACAAGACGGAGGAAGGGAACCUCGCCUACCUGCACCGCCAGAUCGCGCGCGAGAAGCAGAAGGCCGAUGCGUAUGUCAACAAGCGCAAGGAGGAGAACGCGGCGCGUGUCGCGCAGGGCCUGGCGCCGCUGCCCGAGGAGAACGUGAACAGGUUGUUCAAGAUACCGCCGGAGCCGAGUCGGCUGGAGAGCAUGCUACUUCUGGGGCGGAUCGAUGCGUACUCGAAGGCACUGGCCGAGACGUCGAGCACAGGGCUUGUGAAGAUGUACGCGGCAAAGACGAAUUCGGGAGUGUGAUAUGUACGGGGCUGUUCAGUAGAGCGGGGAGGAUGGCCGCGCCGACGUGUGGUGUGAUGGCAGUGUGUGACAGGUUGGCAGGGCGAAUCAUCAUGCGUGGAUCGUGUUUGGCGUAGUGUCAGAGGGCAUGCAGGGUGCAUGUGCGGGAGCUGCUGGGAGCUGCCUUGCGGGCGCAGUCGCCGUGUGCUGCCAGUGCCCUGCUGUGCGGCCAGGGCGGGAGCGUGACUGUGACCACGACGUACCAAGACAGUGCUUGCGUGACUGAGCCAAGCUGCCGAGCACACGGCGGGCAAAAAGUGUGGCGUGGGAGCGCCCGCGGGGAAUAUAACGUACGGGUGCGCGCGGCGGUCGCCUUGUCCACGA